GUUUCUGGCGGUGACGACAAGCUUCCUGACGCUGAGGACAACAAGGUUCCUCACGCUGAGGACAAGGUUCCUGACGCUGAGGACAAAGUUCCUGGCGGGGAGGACAAGGUACCUGGCGCUGAGGACAAGGUUCCUGGCACUGAGGACAAGGUUCCUAGCACUGAGGACAAGGUUUCUGGCCGUGAGGACAAAGUUCCUGGCGGUGAGGACAAGGUUCCUGGCCGUGAGGACAAGGUUUCUGACGAUGAGGACAAGGUUUCUGGCGGUGAGGAAAAGGUUCCUGGCGGUGAGGACAAGGUUCCUGGCGUUGAGGAAAAGGUUACAGGCGGUGAGGACAACUGA